AUGAGACACUUUGACGCUUGGAUCCUACGAGAUCCCUAUUCAAUAUGGCACUACUAUUCCAGCGGUCGACGCUGGCAAGAAUCCGUCCGCGACAUGAUUCAAUCGCGUCAAAUCUGCUCUCCUUCAAUUGACAUGGACAUCGACUCCACCGACAAGAAGAAAGUUAUCAACCCUCUAGCGCGCAGUAUCUCCUCUCAACCAGACUGUGUCUUUUUACAAAAGCUUCCACCAGAGAUCCGGCUCAUGAUUUAUGGGUUCGUCUUUGGCGACGAAGCGGUACAUUUGGUCCAACUCAAGGGCAAGAUUCGUCACGUGCGCUGUUGCAGAUAUAAAUCUGCUUUCGAGACUGCGAGUCAUCGGCAUUGUUGUCCUGAGACAUUGGCUCGAUGGAGAUCUCCUACUUCGGGGCCUAUUCAAUGGACACCGAUAUGGCAACCCAUGACCGGCGAAGGUUCUCUCGCCGGUAAUCAUUCCUCAAUCUACUCGCACACCCACAACGACCAUCUCUGGCAACUAUUUUGGUCGCGUGUACAGUCUCUCGAAGGUCUGGAGACGUUAUAUCUCAAUCUUGACCUCGGACGAUUCAUGGGAAACACCAACACAACUGUCCUUGCAGGUGGGAACAAUAGAAAGAUUAGUCUGAACGUUACGGAGCAGUGGCUUCAACCCUUGAUGGCUGUGCGUGGCCUCAAAGAUUUUGAUUUGUGUGUUACGGCGCGCUGCGAUGCGUCGGCUAAGGACACGUUGGCGCAACAGAUUGGUGCUGAGGCUGUGGUGUUGAGGGAUGUUCUUAGGGAGGUUAUGCGUUUGCCGCGAGGACACCGCCAUGGCCAAAGAUCAUCGACAAGUUCUGAUGUUCCGGUUUCGUUCUUGCGUGAUUUGAGUAGUCAGUUUUUGUCUUGUGGGAUGGAGACAUAUCCCAAAGGGAAUGUGCAACGGCCGCAGUUGCUGAUUACAGCUGCUUGA